CUCUGUGACAAGAAAGAGAAUCACGGAAGUGAAAGACUGAGUCGUGAUAUUCUCGCCUUUCUGCCGGUUUCUGGUCCUUGUCGCGAGUAUGUUUAACCUUUUUGGACGCUCGAAACCGCAGAGCAACCUUCCGGCCCCGACAGCGCUGCAACAACAACGUCACAAGCAGAUAGAAACUCUCAAAACAUUCAACCAAAAUGUGUUCGAGCUGAGGAGAGAUGUGGAAUAUCGAGUCACCUGCUCUGUCAACAAUGUCACCAUCUCUCUCAACAUUCAGCUGCCACCAGAGUUCCCAAAGGACCGGCCCAUCGUGGUCGUCAGUCCGCCUCUGCGCCACCCAUGGGUCAACGACCAGAUGGUCGUCACUGGCUGUCCUGGGAUCAACUCUUUUGCAGUGCACACAGAUCUAGGCCGGGUGAUUAGAACCAUCAUCGAUGAAUUCAAGAACAACCCGCCACAGAUCUUAGCUCCUGCUUCAUCCAGUGGCCAGCUGCCUUACCCAUCACAUCCUCCACAAUACAUGGGGGCUAACAGCCCAUACCCUACUACUUCCUACCCCUCCUCCACCAGUAGCUACAUGCCCCAGGUUCCCAUGCCCACGCUGCCAUCUACAUCCACUACCACCACUCCCACACCCAGGCCAGAGGUCCGCGUGCAAGGCAACUUUUCUCCAGUACCAUUUAAGUAUAAGAUGCCAGAUAUUCCUGAGUCCUUCAAGGAAGUCAACUCUCUCAGUGUUGCAGAGCUGAAGGAGCUCCAUGAUAAUGAAACUAAGGUCGUUGACCUGUUCAGCAGCCUGCCCCAGUGUCAGCAACUUUACCAGGACAGAGACAAGCUCAAUGAUGCCACAGAGGAGCUAGCAAGACAGAACCUGGACAAGCAGCCGAUGCUGGAGCAGAAGAAGAAGGAGCUGAUUGAGAAGGUGGAGGAACAGAACGAGCUCAGGAGGAUGUUUGACAAGAGUUCACAGAGACAAAACGACCUCAUGGAUCAAUUCAAGCCGGGGAUGAUCCAGGCUAACCUGAAGGUGGCAGCGCAGCAGGCAGAGGAGGAGUCUGAUGUCAUAGCUGACGAGUUCUUGGAGGGCAAGAUGGAAAUAGACGAGUUCCUGCAGAAAUUCAUGGAGAAAAGAGUGCUGUGCCAUAUCCGCCAUGCAAAGGAAGAGAAGUACCAACAGAUGAUGGCCAACAGACCGCUCAGAUCUACAAUGACAAUGUAGCAAACAGAGUUUGUCAACAUGUUAACAGCAGCACCAGAGAGCAUGUUGGCAGAACAUACUGUGCCUGCGUGAAACCCUGAUUUGUCAGUUUUCAUUGAAUGUUUGGUCCAAGUUGCAUCAUACUUUUGCCUGAUGCAGAAAAUAUCUUUUCCGACACAACAUUUGAAAACUAAAGACGGGAUGUCAUCCUUAAAUACGACUUUCCAAAAGACAUUCUGCUCAAUACUUUACAGGUUUUGCACAGGUGGAGUACGUUCUGCUGACAUGCUGCAUCAGACUUACAUGUAUGUACAUGUAUAUGUCUGUCACUGUCUUGGACAUUCCUGAUUUUUUAAAAGCAUUAUAUAUCAAGGUUGGAGCAGAAAAGGCAAGACCCAUAGGAAAAAACAACUUUGGAACAAGUGACAACUUUGAUACAUUAUGUAUUCUGUAAUAUACCCAAUAUUGGAUAUUCAUGUAUUAUGGUCAUAUAGGCCUUGCAUUCAGCCAUUUCUACGAAGUUAUCUUUGAAAUCCUUAAAAUUAGCACUAUGAAAUUUAUAAAGCUGUCAUGUACUAACAGAGGUGCUUUGGUUGCUCAGUUGUAACACAGCCAGUGAGCAGUGCUUUCAAUUCCCAUACCAACAGCCCGAUUCAAAGGUGAAACGCACAAUGCUUUUUAACUGAACUUGUAGCGAUAGUUCAAAAUCACAGACUAAUUGCCUUUUUCGUCACGCAAUGUGAGCUAUGACAUCAUUUGUUUUUAAUGAUUUUCCGCCAUUUCACAAAACUGAGUGUAUAUAUUGCUUUGAAAUGUGUUAAGUGCAAUAUAAAGAAGUUAGCUGAUGCAAAAUGGACUGUCUAAUAGAUUGUAUACCAUAACAACUCCAAUUUUCAUUUAAAAAAACAUAUUCUUGUGUUUUGAAUGUAACAUUAAGUCUGUAUUGAUACUGAAUAACAGACUGAUGUAUUCUUUUCUUUUUUUUACAAUGCACUGUCUUUAUUUCAAAAUGUUUAUCCAAAACACUUCACUCUUUAGUUUCCCUUAUUAAUGUUCCUUGUGGUGUAAUGUAUACUGAAUACUUUUAUAAAGGAAUCAGACAAUAUGGAAAGUAAUGUAUGCCAUAGAACAUAGUAUUUUAUUUGAGGAAAACAAUGCUCAACAAUAUGUACAUAGAACAUAAUGUACUUGUAAUGGUGGCAAUGAAAAAAAUAAACUUGUACAGAGAUGUG